GGUUAGAAAUAAUAAAAAGAAAUACAUCUUCAUAACUGGAAACGUUGUUUUGAAACGUCGCUUGCUUGUAAAUUCAUAAAAAUUCCUCAUACCUAAUGCUAUGCGCAACUUCGUUGAUGUAAACACACUGUCAUUAACUCUUACACACUGUCAGACAUUACACAGUAACAUUACACACUGUCAGAAACUCUUACAGAUGAGCAUAAAGUUUGUCAACAACACUAGUGUUGCCAAAUAAUAAAACACACGAAAAAGAAAUAUAAGUUUUAGUAUUAAUAAAUAAAGAUCGAAACAAACAUCAGAGACAACAAAAUUAGUCUACAUAUAUCUAAUAUUAUUGAGCAAGUUUUCAAGAACUUCAGAUCUAAAUAAGAGAGUAAUGAAUAAACGAUAAAAAACAAGAAUAUCACGUUCAUUUUUAUUCUUCAGACAUCACCCAUAUAUUUAUUUAUUUCGAACGGUAGAAAUAAUUUCAUAUUCUUUUAUUAACUACAUUUUUUACGUUGAUUGUUGUAAUUUAAGCAUUAGAAAUUCUUGAAAAGUAAAAUGUCAGGCAGUUACAAAUCUCUAACUGUAAGGAAAGGUUUUUGUUUUGAAAAAUCGCGUUGCUAUGUGGUUGCUAAGUGAAGCGAUUACAUAGUUUAGUAGCGCUGGGUGUAUUGAAAUAUUAUUUAGGAAUGUUUGCAAGCCGUGAAAUAUCUGUAAUCGUUUUAGAAUAUUCAGGUGGUUGAAUAAGUACAAAAUAAGCUGAAGUGCUUUAAAUGUGUUCGGAUAUUUUUAAAAAUCGCAUUAGUAUGUGAUUUAUUCUACUGUAAGUAUGGCUCUUUAUAUUGAUAAAAGGGUGGAAGAUCCAUCAUCAGGAUCUCUGAAAACAUUACUUACUUGGCAUAAAUGUUUUCCUGUUCUGGCUUGUGCAUCCUAUGAUGACAGUACAGGAGGCCUUGUGAGUAUGUAUAAAGAAGAUGGUUCUGUAUUAAAAAGUAGAAUUACAUCACGUAUAGGUACUCAAGUGACUGCACUUGCAUGGCAUCCGACAAAAAAGUGUUUGUUGGUUGGCUGGGAAAGUGGAGAUUUAUCUAUCUGGAGUGAAAUCGGUGGUAAAGAGGUCUAUUCAUUUUCUAAGCACCAUAAUAAUAUAAUAUGUGCUUUACGCUUUAAUGAAAAUGGUAAGAUUUUUGUAACUGGUGAUACUGAUGGAGCUCUCAAUGUAUGGAAAUUUGAUGUUAGUGGAAAUUUUGAAAUUUUACUUACUCAUUCGUUAAAAUAUGCUAUUAUUGAUGUAGUUUUUCAAAAUGUAAACAAUAAUAAUAAAGACAAAGAAAUCAGUCGUUUAGCGAGAGCUGCUGUGGAUGGUGAUGAAAAGGCUUUAAAUAUGUUUUCUAGUUGGCAAGAAGAUGGUGCACACGAAAACAAACUACAGUUUUUCAGUAAAGAUGAUGACUUUGAUAUCUUUGUAGGCUGCCAAUCUGGUAUUGUAUAUUAUGUGAAAAAAAAUGGUUACUGUGAAGCAAUCCUCCAGAUGGAAACUUCAAUCAGAUAUCUGGCACAUUAUCGUGAGAAAGACAUCUUAAUUGUCAUCUCUAGGUCUCUGAUUUUAGCACAAUUUAGUGUGACCCAAGAUGGAUCAGUAAAUGAAUUAGUGAAAAUUAAAUUGAGUGGAAAACAUACUGAUGCAGUUAUGACUUGGGCCGGAGAUGCUAUAUUAGCAAUAAGUGCUGGCGAGAGUUCUGUACAUCUGUGGAAUGUUGAAUAUGGCCAGAGUACAACUUUGUGUUUACCUUCAGCCAAUCCUGCUCAUCAGAUCAGUUACAUUUCUUUUUUACCAAGCAAAAAUAUUUUAACAGCAAGUACCAUUGAAGGACACCUUUUUUCUUGGAACUUGACAUAUUAUGAUGAUGAUGACAUUGGUUCUGAAGUUGAAAUUUUAUUAAAGGUACCUGGUAAUAUCAGAAGUUUUGAAUGGUGUGAAACUCUUGAAGUAAUGGGGCUUAUAACAACAUCUGAUGUGUUUAUAAUAUCAAAAGAAAAAGUGUGUUAUGCAUUCGAUGAUGGCAUAUCAGCAGUACAAAUGUCAGCUAGACAAGUAGUUAUAGAACUGAUAUCUCGAGAUCUUGCUGUCCAUCUUUUAACUGAAACUGAAAUUAAAAGAGUAUUUUUGAGCAAAAUUACAGUUGCUUUAUAUUGCAGUGAUAAACUUAUUUUUUAUGAAGUUGAUUUUAAUGACAAGAAAACAAUGCAUAUGGGAACAUUUCCUCCUGGAUCUGUAAAUGUUUUAUUACAUGACCAAAGUGUAUACAUCAUUAAUGAGGGAAAAAUCAGUGUUAAAACAUUUCAAGGAACUCUUAAAGCAUAUUUUACAUUUGCAAAUGAUGAAGGAGAACCUUCUGUUAUGGAUGCUUGUGAUAAGUUUUUAGUUGCAGCUUCUAAUAUAGGUGUAAUUAAAGUUUGGGAUAUCAGUGGCAGAGAGGCAAAACUAUUGUUUGCUUCUGAUAAAGUUAAAGAUAUAUUAAAAGAUAAGCAUAUUGCAAGUAUUAGGUGCAACAGUAAAGGUAACAAAAUUAGUUUCACAGCACGAAUGAAAACUAAAACAGGAUUUAUAUACGAUCCUUGUUUAUAUGUCUUGGAUACUGAAAAAAAUGUGAUUUGCCGAUUUGAUUUUUCCACAGGUUAUGGAAUCGAUCAUGAAAAUGAAAAAGCCAAUGCCACAAACCAACAGUUUGGCCAAGUAAUAUGUGGCCGUUAUCCAGUGGAACAUUUCUGGAUAAAUGAAGAUCCUCGAAUGGUAGUUUGUGAAGCAAAACUUCUACCUUUACCCCUUAAAAGAAGCCUUGCAAAUAACAGCUUUAGGAAAAUACUGACUAAAGGCAAUCCUAAUGAAAAUGAAAAGAAAUCAGAAUCUGUAGUUGUAUCAUUAUAUAUCACACCUGAAAAAAUACUUAUUAUUCAAGAUUAUUUCUUCCUAACUGACGAUCAAUCAAAUUUACUAGGAGUCAAAAUUCCUUAUUAUUAUUUGUUACAAAAAGCAAAAUUGAAUGACCAUUUGGAAGAUACAUCAUCAUCUAGAAGCCUGAAUGAUCACAAAUCACUUGUCCAGAGGAAAACUAUGCAAAAUUUUAUAGGCCUUGAAGAAUGUGAUAAAAAUUCAAAAGAAGCACUGCUGAAUUUUGGUUAUUUUUUUGCAGUCGGAAAUUUUGAAGAAGCAUUCCUUGCAAUAAAGUCUAUCAAAUCAGAAUCUGUGUGGCAAAAUAUGGCAAGGAUGUGCGUGAAAACUAAGCGUUUAGAUGUGGCUAAGAUAUGUAUUGGGAAAAUGGGUCAUACUCGAGCUGCUAGAGCUUUAAAAAGUGCAGCUAAUGAACCAGAAAUUGAAACUAAAACUGGAAUACUUGCUAUUCAUUUAGAAAUGUAUGAUGAAGCUGAAGCACUUUUUAAAAGCUGUGGCCGUUAUGACUGGGUGAACAAAUUAUACCAAAGUCGGGGCCAGUGGCAAAAGGCCUUAGAAAUAGCUGAAAAAGAAGACAGGAUUCAUUUGAGAGAUACUUUUUAUAACUAUGCAAAUCAUUUAGAAAGGGAAGGGGAAAUAAAUGCAGCCAUAAAAUUUUAUGAAAAAUCAGGUACACAUCACUUUGAAGUUCCCAGAAUGUUGUUUGAAGAUCAGAGGGCUUUAGAAGCAUAUGUCCAGAAAAGCAAAGAUCCUGAAAUUCAUAGAUGGUGGGCACAGUACUUAGAAAGCAUUGAUGAGAUGGAGACUGCUUUGCAAUAUUAUAAAACUGCUGAAGAUUAUUUGUCAUUAGUACGCUUGUAUUGUUAUUGCAAUAAUUUAGAAAAAGCAGCAGAAAUAGCUAAUGAGACUGGAAAUCGUGCUGCAUGUUUUCAUUUAGGUAGACAGUUUGAAAACCAAGAUAACAUCAAAGAGGCUAUUCACUUUUUUACGAAAACUAGAGCUUUUACUAAUGCUAUCCGCAUCUGUAAAGAGAAUGGUUUAGAUGAGCAGUUAAUGAAUUUAGCUAUGAUGGCAGGACCAGAAGAAAAAGCAGAUGUAGCACAGUAUUUCCAGCAGCAGGGUCAAUUAAGUAAUGCCAUUUCACUUUACCAUAAAGCUGGGAAUCUUGAAUAUGCCAUUGAGCUAGCUUUCCAAGAGGGAGAAUAUGAUGUACUUCAGAGGAUUUCUUCAGAAUUGCCACCUGAUGCAGAUCCACAGAUACUUCAGCGAUGUGCAGAGUUUUUUAUUCAGAGAGGAAAAUUUGAUACAGCUGUGAAUCUCUUCAUUAUGGCUAACAAAUAUGAGGAAGCUCUAAAUCUCUGUGUUGAAAAUAAUGUUACAAUAACUGAGGAAUUAGCAGAAAAGUUCACUUUGGACAAAACAGAAAAUGAUAAAAAAUUACGAGCAUAUAUUUUAGAAAAAAUAGGAGAGUCCUGCAUGCUUCAAGAAAACUAUCAUCUAGCAGCUAAAAAAUUUACCCAAGCUGGUGAUAAAGUGAAAGCAAUGAAAGCACUGCUCAAAUCAGGUGAUACUGAAAGGAUAAUUUUCUUUGCUAAUGUCUCUCGUCAUAAAGAAAUAUAUGUGAUGGCUGCAAACUAUUUGCAGACUCUUGACUGGCGAAACAGUGGAGAUAUAAUAAAACACAUUAUUACUUUCUACACCAAAGCCAAAGCUUUAGAUCUUCUGUCUAGUUUUUAUGAGGCUUGUGCACAGGAUGAAAUUGAUGAAUAUCAGAACUAUGAAAAAGCUCUGGAGGCAUUAUCAGAAGCUUACAAAAGUCUUUCUAAAGUAACAAAUGGUAGUAAUUCAGAGAAAUUAGAAACUCUUAAAACAAAACUAGAAAUUGUAAAGAAGUUUGUCGAUAUUAGGCAACUGUAUGAAAGUAAUCCUGACGAAGCUGUGAAAAAGUGUAGAGAUUUGCUUCAUCUUGAAAAUGUUGAUAUUGCAGUUCGAAGAGGGGAUAUCUAUGGCUUUUUGGUGGAACACUUUUGUUCACAAGAAAAUUAUAAAGUAGCUUAUUCUAUAGUGGAACAAAUGCAGAAUACAUUACCUGAUAUUAAUUUACCAUAUUAUAUAAAAGUGGAUAAUCUGAAAGCUAUUUAUAAAGCUUUAGAUUUAAAGCCUAAUUCACAGACAAGUCUUAUGGAAGAUACAAAAACACAAGAAAAUGAACUUUCUGAUAAUGAAGAAAUAGAGGAGGAGUACCAAUCUGUAGAUAAUAGAUUUUGAAUUUUUUAGCGAUAUCAUAACUAUUUAGGCACUGAUAUCCCAACAUUCUGCAGGAAACUUUCAUUAAUAUUAUGCAGUAAAUCCUUGCUAAACAUGGAAGUUACGUCAUUAAUACAGUAUUACUUAUUUUCUUAAGUCAUCAAUAUUGUGAGAGAAAAUUGCAUAUGUACAAAUGCUACAAGCUUUUUCUUAUAUAUCAUUAUAAUACACGAAAAUAUAGUUUUGGUGAUUUUUUAAAUAUGUAUUUUGUGAAGAGUGAUUAUAUGUACAAUCAAGCUCAAGUAUCUGGAAAGCUUGGGAAAUACUGAAUUCUCAACAUAUGAAAAUUCUGGAUAGAUGAGCAUAUAAAAACUGGAAUUCAAAUUGGAAAAGCCAAACAAAUGGAAGAAAUUUCUAGUCAGAAAUUAUAAAAACAGUAAUCUUUUUUUACCAACUUGAAUAUGAACAGCCUGCAUUUAAAAUUAUAUAAGAUUUCGGGGUGGGGGUGGGAAAUGCAUUUCAAACAUAAAAACCAAUGUAUUUCGUUCGCUUUAAACAUGAAAGUAAAAUAUCUUUCCUGAUUAUAAAAUCCCACUGAACACGGAAUUUGACGGAGAUGUCAUCAAACUUUCAGCAGACAACUUGGCAGAAGUUUAAUGGAAUAGAUCAAUCUUUAAAAAGAACCAAAUUAUGAAUAUAACAUAUAAAACAAUGAAUCUCUUGUUGCAAUUUUCCACACUGCAUUCUCUCUAUUUAUCCAUUUUCAAAUAAACUUCCACGUUAUGCUUUUUUUUUUUUUUUGAUGCCAAGAUUUUGUAAUUUAGAAACAACUGUACGACAUUCUUCCAUGAAAAAGAGGUCCCCAAAUAUGAAGAAAAGAUAGAACUUGUACAUCUCUUUACACACAAAAACAGAAACAAAACAAAAAAAAAAAAAAAAAAAAAAAAAA